CGGACUGACAAACACAAGCGUUUCCCUCAGAACAUGUGUGAAGAACCGAACAUGUGUGGAGUCUGAGUCCUGGAGAAGAACCAGCCCAAUCAGGACCGACGGAACCGAAGAUGAGCCCGCGAUAACGGUCCGGUCGAUGAUGGAGCUCGGGAACGGGUUCACAAAGGAUCCGAAUCAAGACUGCGACACCAACCCUGAAUCGCGCGCCGACCCGGAUCCGUCCCAUAAGAGGAGGAGCUUCCCGAAACGGCUGAUGGGCCUCAUCUUCCUCAUCAUCAUCCUCAUCUCGGCUGGGUCUGCGUGCGUUAUCUGGUACUUUCUCGAGUACAGGGUCUGGGUGCUGGAGCCGCAGGUGAUUCAACAGUACACGGCCAGUGUUUCCAUCCUGAAUAAGAACUUCUCUGUGAGCCUGACCAGUCAUGAGAGUUCAGAGUUCAGAGCCGAGGCGAUGUCUCUGCAGAACAUGGUUGAGAAGCUGGUGAAGUCCACAGAUCUGUCCAGAUACUUCAACUCCACAACGGUCUUCGCCUUUGGGGAGGGCAGCGUCGUGGCUCAUUUCUGGCUGCGCCUGUCGGUUCCCGUCAGUCACGUGGAGACGGUGAGCGUGGCGAGACUGAACGAGAGUGUGUUCAGAGAGCUUCAGCGCUUCACCGACGCUCAGCAGAUCUGCAGAUACGAGGGUUUCCAGCUGCUGAUGCCCUCGCUCAGCAUCACCGAAACCAGCUCCAAAGUUAUAGAUCUUUUUCAAGCCACUUUUGACUGUUACUGCUACACGUCUCUGCUGUCCACGGAGCCCGUGCUCCUCGAGGGCCCGAACACGCAGCGGUCCUCGUGUCUGUGGCACCUCAGGGCCCCUGCGGGAUCCCGGCUCGAGCUCCGGGUCGAGUGGCUCCUGGCCGAGUGUCGGGACCGGCUGAUCAUCUACGACUCGGUCACGCCAGCUGACUCUCGGCUCAUCACCUCCCUGUAUGGAUGCAGUCGGUAUGAGAGGACGGUGCAGCUUCUGUCGUCUGCCGACUGGAUGACGGUGGUUUGGAAACAGGGUCUGUACAAUUACAAGGAUCCGUUCUCUCUGAGCGCUCGGGCCUGGCCGGAUCAGGAUUGCUCCCACAGUGUUGUGCUAGAGGAGAAAGACGGCGUCCAGGGGAUUUUACAGACCCCCUUCUACCCCGGUUACUACCCUCCCGACACCAACUGCACCUGGACCUUCACUGUGCCAUCGGUAGAGUUCGGUCUGGCCUUGUUCUUUGAAGGAUAUGAGCUGAACCGGGCGAGUUACAGCCAGACCUGCACACAGGGCCGAUGGAGCAUCCAGAACCGCAGGCUGUGUGGCGUCCGAGGGUUGCAACCGUACGCCGAGCGGAUCUUCCUGAUGUCCUCCAGCGUCACGGUGUCCAUGAGGUCCGAGGUGUCGCUCACCGGCCCGGGCCUUCAGGUCCACUACAGCGUCUUCAACCAGUCCGAUCCUUGUCCCGGUCAGGUGCUCUGCAGCAUUAACGGUCUGUGUGUGCCGGCGUGUGAUGGGAUAUCAGACUGCGCUAACGGACUGGAUGAGAGAAACUGCGUGUGUAUCGCUCAGUUCCAGUGCUCAGAGGACAGUCAGUGUGUCGACUACUAUAAAGUGUGUGACCAGCACCAAGACUGCAUUGAUGGCAGUGAUGAGGACAACUGCACACAUGGUGUACCAUGUUCUGAUAUGACGUAUGUAUGUGGAGAUGGGACGUGUCUGAAGAAGCCAAACCCAGAAUGCGACUUCAUCACAGACUGUCCUGAUGAAUCUGACGAGAAAUAUUGCGACUGUGGACUGAGGCCCUUCAGCAGUCGUGUGGUGGGCGGGGCCGAGGCCGAGGAGGGGGAGUGGCCAUGGCAGGCCAGCCUGCAGAUCAGUGGCCGGCACAUAUGCGGGGGGGCUUUAGUCUCCGCCCAGUGGGUGGUGUCCACGGCUCACUGUUUCUAUGACGACAGGUUCUUCUCCCCGUCGGUGUGGAUCAUCUAUCUGGGCAAGCUCCGGCUGGACGGCAGCAGUCAGUCGGAGGAGGCGGUGCGAGUGUCACACAUUCACCUCCAUCACUACUACGAGGACGAGACGCACGACUACGACGUGGCGCUGCUGCGGCUGGUUCGGCCCGUGUGGUCCAGCACGUUAGCUCACCCGGUCUGCCUUCCGCCCGCGACCCACCAGCUGGAGGCCGACCUGCUGUGCUGGGUCACGGGAUGGGGCGCGCUUCGAGAGGGAGGGGCAGUGAGUGACGUCCUGCAGAAAGUAGACGUGCGAUUGGUCAGUGAAGAUGCAUGCGUGCGUUCCUAUGGUUACAUGAUCACUCCCAGAAUGAUCUGUGCCGGCUAUCGCAGUGGAGGAAAGGACUCCUGUCAGGGUGACUCUGGCGGGCCGCUGGUGUGUCAGGAGCCGUCGGGACGCUGGUUUCUGGCCGGUGUGGUGAGCUGGGGGCGAGGCUGCGGACGCCCGGAUUAUUACGGGGUUUACACUCGGAUCACCAAACUCUCCGGAUGGAUCAAACGCAUCAUUUCUUCCUGAGACCUUCAAACCUACACAACCCGCCUCCCAGCACUCGCCUUGGGCUCCGAGCAUCGUGGGAAAUCUGCUGUGAUGUCAGUCAUGUGUAGACAUAAUUUUAGGUUCAUAAACUGGGUUUGAAAUUAACACCCGCCAACCUGCCAGAUGCGGGUCAGAAUCAGCACACGUCACGACACAACAAAUAACGGUGCACUUGUUCAUUGAAGCAAUAGAGAAGAUUAAAAAGCAUUUGGAUUAUUUUCCAACAUCCUAUAUUUGUUUUUAUGCUCUUUGUACUGUAUUGAUUUGAUCUGUCCAUCUAAAACACAUUUUUGGUGAAAAGGAUGAGGAUGGAUUUAGAAAUCCAAAUCCAAAUUUUAUAAUGGCUACUAGUAGAAGUUCUUAAUGGCCGAUAACUUAAAAAUUUAGAAGGCAAAUUGGCCGGUGAGUGAAAAAAGUUAAUUUCAAACCCUGUUCAUAAACAUUCACUUUAUUCAACUGGACUAAACAGCCUAUUUCAAAUCAGCUGCUUCAGGAUUUAUUGUUUAUUUGUAAUUAUUUAGACAAAAUCAUAUCAGCCUCAACAUGACAAUAAUUGUUGACUUUCAGAUUUUAGCAGAGCUCCUACAACACUGACGGUUCUGUCUUCAGCUACUCAUGUUGAAACAAACCGGUGACUUUCGGUCUAUCGUGGAAACAAAAGUGAGAAAUUCUGCAGAAUAUGUAGUGUGUGUGUGGUGACGUCAUGAGGGGGAAUCUUUUCAUUUUUGAGUUUACUUUUCCUGUAACGUGAUGCUGAGCAAACUGAUAAAACCGUUUUUUAAAGCAGUGCUUUAUGUUGCUGACAAAUUGUAAGAAAGAUUAAAAUGAAUGUAUAAGCGACACAAAUUCAUAUUUGCUGGAACAAAUAAAGCAUUUACAUUUUUACAGUUUUA